AGUUCCGGUAUCACGGGGUACCAGGGAGACGGGGCAAAAAAGCGGGCAUACCGAAAUCUUUUUUGUUUUCGUCAGCCUUUAAACAUUUGAUAGCGAAUACAUUUGGCUUCUAGAGCUAAACCAUUGCGCCUCGUGGGCCGCUGAUCCACGGGGAUUAGCAUUUAUCUUGGAAAAGAGUCUCAUUCAUUCGGUUGUCGUGCUCGCUAGCUGGCUAACGAGGCUCCACACGAGUAGGCCUCUUCUUCUGGACUUUGCUACGAUCCAGUCAGCUAGCGUUAGCAGGCUCGGCUAACCCAUGCGAUCACGUUUUCUUUCUCAACGAUUUUGCCAGUUAGGUUGUAAAUAAGUACAACUCAGUGAAUACCUGUGUAUUAAUCAUAGCUGGUAUUUAAUUUGGUUAAGUAUACCGCUAGUUUAAUCUAACUUACUCCACCCGCAUCCGCGAGGCGCUUGUUUUCAAAGUAUUCACUUUGUUGCUAGCUAAAGCUAGCCACCGCCAACUGAACAACGCAGUCACUGAGACAGCAGCAGCCCUCAUAUCACAGAGAUGUCGGACUUCGACGAAUUCGAAAGGCAGCUAUCUGAGAACAAACAAGCUGAAAGGGACAAAGAAAAUCGUCAUCACCGCCGGUCCUCGUCCCGCAGCCGCAGCAGAGAGAGGAAAAGGAGGAGCAGAGAUAGGGACAGACGCAGCAGGGACCGCCGUGGGGACAGUAAGGAGCGCCGGCACAGACGCAGCUCACCAUCCAGCUUCCCUCAGGACAAUGCUGGAAGUCGUUCACCCCACCGUGAAAAGAAGAAGAAGGUGAAGAAGUACUGGGAUGUUCCUCCACCUGGUUUCGAGCAUAUCACUCCCAUGCAGUACAAAGCCAUGCAAGCUGCAGGCCAGAUCCCAGCCACAGCCCUGUUGCCGACAAUGACUCCAGAUGGUCUGGCUGUUACUCCCACACCUGUACCUGUGGUGGGCAGCCAAAUGACCCGACAGGCCCGUCGGCUUUAUGUGGGCAAUAUCCCCUUUGGUAUCACAGAGGAAUCCAUGAUGGACUUCUUCAAUGCCCAGAUGCGUUUGGGUGGCCUUACUCAGGCCCCAGGAAACCCUGUGCUUGCUGUACAAAUCAACCAGGAUAAGAAUUUUGCUUUCCUUGAGUUUCGUUCAGUGGAUGAAACUACACAGGCAAUGGCCUUUGAUGGUAUCAUCUUUCAAGGCCAGAGCCUCAAAAUUCGGCGUCCACAUGAUUACCAACCCCUGCCGGGCAUGAGCGAGAAUCCCAGUGUCUAUGUGCCUGGUACACAGCCAAUUAAUGGUGUGGUGUCCACAGUGGUGCCUGACUCGGCUCACAAGCUCUUCAUUGGUGGUUUGCCCAACUACCUGAAUGAUGACCAGGUGAAGGAGCUGUUGACAUCAUUUGGCCCCCUGAAGGCCUUCAACCUGGUGAAGGACAGUGCCACAGGCUUAUCUAAAGGAUAUGCCUUCUGUGAAUAUGUGGAUGUCAACCUUAAUGAUCAGGCUAUUGCUGGGUUGAACGGCAUGCAGCUGGGAGACAAGAAGCUCCUGGUGCAAAGAGCCAGCGUGGGAUCCAAGAACGCCACUCUGUCCAGUAUGAACCAGACCCCAGUGACGCUCCAGGUGCCAGGUCUGAACAGCACAGUAACUCAGAUGGGAGGCCUGCCCACCGAGGUGCUGUGUCUCAUGAACAUGGUGGCACCCGAGGAGCUGCUGGAUGAUGAGGAGUACGAGGAGAUCGUGGAGGACGUCAGGGAUGAGUGCAGCAAGUACGGUCAAGUCAAGAGCAUUGAGAUCCCUCGACCCGUGGAUGGCCUGGAAGUGCCUGGAACUGGCAAGAUCUUUGUGGAAUUCACAUCCGUUUUCGACUCCCAGAAGGCCAUGCAGGGAUUGACAGGAAGGAAGUUUGCCAACAGGGUGGUGGUGACCAAAUACUGCGAUCCAGACGCAUACCACCGCCGGGACUUCUGGUAGAGGAAGCAUGAAGUCAAGAGUAAAGGGUGGGGUGGGGUGGGGUGGGAGUUAUGGGGAGGGGAGGGAAAAUGUACCGCCUAUUUCCAAAUCAGCCCCCUGAUUGAUUUGGCAGAGUGACAUUUCAAGUAGAUUUGAGGUUAUGAAGCAGUUGACUAAUGGUUUUGGUGACAUCAGAUUAAUCAUUGCAGAUCUACAUGAAAUGUCACGCCGUAUAAGAACGAUAUUUGAAACCUGGACUGGAGGUGACUGGCGAGGGUUUACACUCAUGUUAGAGAAAGGGGGUGUAGCUGGCCGGGUGGGGGCAUCGACGAUAAGAUUUUUGAGAAAUAUGUGUAAUAAUAGGUCCAGGUCAACCAUUUUUAUACUUUGUGAAACUGGGGCGUCAUUUGGGGAGGGGGGGUGGGGGCGGUGGGAGGCGAACCACACUUCAAGGUUUGUAUUUAAUUGGAAGUAGCCUGUUUUAAGUACAUUAGGAAAGCGUUGCAGUAGGGAAGUAAUUGGAUUAUUUGAUUGGAUAAGAUUUGUUUGUGAAAGGGAGAUGUGGGGAAGAUUGAGAGGAAGAUGAGAGCUUUUUUGACCAUCUAAUGUAGAUAUACAGUAGCUGUACCAUCCACUUCAGUUUUGCCAUCGUCACUAGAAAGUCAAAGAAGACUCCUCAUUUCAGUUAGUUUUUUAUGUUUUGAACAUUUUCCUAUGUUCUUCAUUUCCAUCGGACUACUGCCCCCCCUCAGGACGACUGUAUGUCUAAUUGGACUCUAUCUGAAUGUCAGCUGUAAUUGUAAUGAUUCUGUGUGUAGCUUCACUGAGUUAAGCUGUAAUCUCGUCUUGUAAUCAGGCUGCACAUUAACAAGAACUGCAGAAAAGAACGUUUUCAACAUGACAGUUUAUUUUUCAGUUUUUCUUUUUGUUUUUUAUUUUCUGUAACCUCGUCAUGUCCAUCUUUUGUGCACAUAUUUUAACAGGUGAUUGUUUUGUCUCCGCAGUUUAGUCUUGGUUUAAUUUAAGAGGUAAUAAAGAAAGACUGGGUGAGGCAAACAGAUUGGUAUCUAAUGGGGAUUUAUCACUUCCUUACCAAAAAGCCUUAAUGCUACUACACAUCAAUUCUAAAAACAAAAAAAAAAAGAAAAUUUGGCCAAUCCAGUAAAGAUGUCUCUUUGUUCAUACAUGUCACUUUCUCAUGCUGUUAGCUUUGCAUUACCAGUAUUCAUUAUUGUUUCCCUGCAGAUUCAGGAUCUGUUGUGUGUUGAAUCCAUUUUCUUGUGCGACAUCUCACCUCUUUGACAAGACCAAAUAAACAUGUGACUAAUA